CGAAUACUUUGCCUCUCGCUCAUCAACAUCUCUGUUGUGCGUUCUUCAGUUUCAGUUGCCCAACUUCUAAUUCUUCACUUCCUCUCCAUUUCAAACUCUUCAUCUCAGUUUCCAACCAUAAACACUCUCCUUUUUUUCUUUCAGAUAUAUAUACUUUCUUGUUAAAUUUUCUUGUUCCCUCUUCCAAAAAAAAAGAGAUUGACUUACUUGUGCCUCGCAAUGGAAAUUGUGUCUAUGGUUGUGCAACCUCUUUUAUCAGCUUCUUUUGAGUGGCUGUUCCAAAAGGUGGAUAAUUUCACUUCCAGUCAAUCCCACGGAUUGCAAGAGGAGGUCAAUGCAGAGCUCCAAAAAUGGAAGUCCAUUUUACCACAAAUUUAUGAUGUGCUCAGAGACGCAGAAGAGAAGCAAACGACUGUCAAUUCUGUCAAGACAUGGCUUGAUGAUCUCAAGGACUUAACUUAUGAUAUGGAAGACAUUCUGGAGGAAUUCACGACUGAUGUCAUGAGGGGUAGCUUGAUUGCAGAACCUCAACAUGCCAGCACUACCAAAAGAUGCAUCCCAGCAUGCUUCUCCUAUUUCAAACAUAGUGAUUCAAUGUUUGAUUUUGACACCAUUUCAAAAGUGAAGGCUAUUUCUAAUGGGUUGCAAACCAUGGUAGAAAAAUCAAACACAUUGAGCUUAUUACGUUCAACUGGGCAAGCUAGAGAUCGGCCCGACGGAGUAGAUGCAGCGAGGGUACCCUCUAGUUCCCUGCCAGAUUCUCAUGUUUAUGGACGAGAAACUGAUAAAGUAGCUAUUCUUCGAAAGUUACUUAAUAAUGAAAGCAAUUCCCAAGGAUAUUCUGUAAUUCCCAUUGUUGGGAUGGGGGGAAUAGGUAAGACCACUUUGGCUCAACAAGUUUACAAUGAAGUGGAGCAUGAAAGCUUUGACCUUAAAGCUUGGGUCUGUGUUUCUGAUCAAUUUGAUGUGUUGAGUAUUACAAGAUCCAUUUUAGGGGCAGUAUCUAGAGACCAGCGUGAUUUGAAAGAUUUGAAUUUGCUUCAAGAAGAAUUGAAAAAAAUGUUAUCUGGCAAGCGGUUUCUUCUUGUUUUGGAUGACGUUUGGAACGAGGACUAUGAACAAUGGGAUACUUUGCAAAAGCCUUUCCAAUCAGGAUUAGCUGGAAGCAAAAUGGUAGUCACAACUCGUAGCGAGCGUGUUGCAGAAAUCAUGGGUGGGAAAGACAAGAUUCACCGUCUAAGAGAGUUAGACUUCAAACAAUGCUUGCCAAUAUUAACUCGACAUGCAUUGGGGGAAGACAACUUUGAUGCACAUCCAAGUUUAAGAGAAGUUGGAGAAGAUAUUGUCAAGAGCUGCCAUGGAUUGCCGUUGUUUGCAAAACUGCUCGGGGGCGUCUUACGAGGUAAGCAUAGUCUUGAAGAUUGGAGAUACAUAUCAAACAAUAAGAUGUUGAAUUUACAGGAGGUUAAAUGCGGGAUUCUGCCACCCUUGAUGCUAAGCUACCAUCAUCUACCUUCUCAUUUAAAGCAAUGUUUUGCAUAUUGUGCUGUGUUUCCUAAGGACUAUGAAUUUGACAAGCAGGAGUUAGUUUUGUUAUGGAUGGCAGAGGGGCUUUUAAAACAACAACUAGGAGAGGAAAAUCAGCUGGAAGAAAUUGGUCAAAGAUAUUUCCAUGAGUUACUUUCAAGAUCAUUUUUCCAACAGUCAAGCAGUAAUAAAGUACAGUAUGUAAUGCAUGACCUCAUACAUGAUUUAGCUCAAUUUGUUGCUGGAAGAACUUGCUACAAUCUAGAGCAUAUGUUGAAGGUUAGUAAGAAAUCCAAAGUCAAUGUUGAGAAGGUUCGUCAUUUGUCAUUCUACCAAAGCAGGCAUGGCAUUUCUGAGAAAUUUGAAGUUGUGAAUGAAAUGAAGAGUUUGCGAACAUUCAUUGAAGUUCAUCCAUAUUUUCAGCAGAGCAAUUUAGCACCAAUAGUGGUCCUUGAUUGGAUACCAAAAUUAAGCCUCCAUCAUCUGGACAUUAGGGGAACAAUUUCCUUGAAAGAGAUGCCAUUUGGAAUAGCUAAUCUCAAAGAUCUUUUGACGCUGGGCAAAUUCAUUGUAGGGAAGGAAAAUGGAUCAAUUAAAUUAUCUGAUUUGGAGAACCUUUCACAACUUAAAGGGGAACUAUCUAUUCUAGAUUUGCAUAAUGUUUUGGAUGUUCAUGAUGUUAGGAAGGCCAGCCUGGGUAAGAUUGAUGGUCUUGAUUGGUUGCUCUUGCAAUGGACUUCUGAAUUUGGCAAUUCUAGGAAUGAAGACAAGGAAAUACAAGUCCUUAGCUGGUUAAAACCUCAUCUAAAAUUGAGAAGUCUCACAAUUAUUUGCUAUGGUGGCAAGGAAUUCCCAUCCUGGAUUAGUUGUCCAUCAUUUUCUAAUUUAUCAUACUUGAAGCUGUGCGAGUGUAAAAAAAGCACCACACUACCAUCACUAGGGCAAUUACCAGCACUCAAAGAAUUGAUUGUUGAAGGCAUGGAUGCAAUAGAAAUGGUGGAUUCUAAGUUUUAUGGGCAUGGCACUUUUCAACCUCUUGAGAAGCUGAAGUUUUGUGACAUGUUAGUGUGGAAGGAAUGGACUUCUACAACAGGAAGUGGAGUGGGAUUCCCAUGUCUUCAUGAGCUUGUAAUUGAAAAUUGUCCUAUGUUGAUAGGAGAUUUACCCAGCCACUUGUCUUGUCUUAUAAAUCUUGUGAUAAAAAGAUGCCCAGAGUUAAGAUGCCCAUCAUCUAUGAGUCUUCAGUCACUACAAAAGUUGAAUAUUGAAGACUGCAAUGUGGCUCUUUUGAAUAGCAUGGCUGAUCUCACCUCUCUUACUAGCUUGGAAAUUAAGAGAAUUUCAGGACUUGUUUUCUUGCCUAAGGGUUUUAUUGAGUCCUUGAUAGCCGUUGAGAAGGUGGAGAUUAAGGAAUGCCUCGAGCUUACUUGUUUAUGGGAGGAAGGUGCUGAGAUAGAAAACCUUGCUCGUCUUGAGAUAAUGAGCAUUGAGAGCUGCCCUCUGCUUGUUUCAUUGACAAGGAAAGAAAAGGGCCUUCUUCCUUUCAACCUUAAAUGUCUCACCCUUUCAAACUGUGCAGCUCUAGAGUCAUUAACUGAUGCGAUGACGAUGAAGGUAGAUGGAAGCAGUAGCAGCAACAACAUGUUGAGACUUGAAUCAUUAAGCAUCUACAAUUGUGAUUCUCUCAAGUCUUUACCCAACACCACGGUUAAACACUUGACAAUUAAUAGAUGUGUCAAUUUUGAGUCUUUACCAGAUGGAGUAUUAUUGCAAGAUGAUGGUGACAGCAAUAGCAAUCUUGAAUCUCUGAGUAUAGGGAGACUUCCAUCUCUAAAUUCUGUUGGGAGUGGUCAUCUGCCAGCUUCUCUCAAGGAAUUUAAUGUUUGUGAUUGCAAGAGGUUGGAAUCAUUUCCAGAGAGGAUGCUGCAACAUUGCACGGGACUUGAAUCCCUUCAAAUUUGGAAUUGUGAAGUAUUGAGAAGCUCAUCACUUGAUGGCCUCAGCAAUCUUUGUGAUUUGAAAAUUAGCAUUUGUGCAGUUUUAGAAUUCUUCCCACAAAUGGGCAUCUCCCUGCCCAAUCUUAGGUCUUUGACAAUUGCAAUUUGUCCAGGGUUGGAGCGCAUUCCAGAUGGGGGUUUGCCCUUAAACUUAACAGAUCUUAUAUUAGAAAAUUGUCAGAAUCUCAACUCCCUACCAAAUACAAUGAAUGAGCUUACAUCUAUUCAGAGACUGAUGAUAGUACGUUGUCCAGGCAUCAAAUCCAUUCUAGAUGGGGGUUUUCCCCCAAACUUAAGAACACUUGAAUUAGACGGUGAUUAUCUGAAGCAACCGGCAGUCAAACGGGGCCUCCGCAAUCUUACCUCUCUUCAACACUUUAGCAUUUAUAUCACGUGUCCUCCUCUUCUGGAUAUUGUGCUUCCUUCUUCUUUAACAUCUCUAUCGAUAGAAAAUGGAAAGAAUCUGAAAUCCAUACCCAGAGGGCUCCUCCAAAACCUCAACUCUCUUCAACGUUUAUCGAUUUUACGCUGCCCAAAGCUACGGUCCUUGCCGAGGAAAGGCCUGCCUUCGUCGCUUGGAUUUCUCUGGAUCUGUCAAUGUCCACUUUUAAAACGACAACGCUUUGAGGAGAAAGGAGAAUAUUGGUCUCUCACCCAUAUCAUCCCUAGCGUCGUAAUAGAUCUUGAGAAGGUAAAACCUACACUCAAAACUCACACUCUGAUGUAGAUGCAAAUAAGGAUAGCCUCUUCUUCUUCUUCUUCUUCUUCUAAUUGUUGGAAGCUAACUUUUUUAACACAUAUCCAUCAGGUAUAACAACCAAAGCCACUUGUUAUCUGAGUGAAAUCUGGAAUAAAGCUAUAGACUUAUU